AUGUCUUUCCUCUUCCCAAGAAUCGCUUUCGCGCCCGUGCGCUGCGGACCAGUCCGCCACGAAGCCGCUCCUCUCUUCAGCCUCUUCGAUGACACUUUCAACGAGCUCCAGAGAGCUAGCCAAGCAGCACGAAAACAAUUCAAUCCUCGCUUUGACCUCAAGGAGACGAAGGAGGCUUAUUCUUUGGAAGGUGAACUCCCUGGUAUAGACCAGAAAGACCUCAACAUCGAGUUUACCGACGAACAUACCUUGGUCAUCAAAGGCCGGACCGACCGCCAAUCCGAAUCUGGUCGCCGGCCCCAGGCUGUCGAGGCCGAGCAGAAGGCUGCCAUCGAGGGAACUUCAGCCAACUCUGAGUCCGGCAGUGUCAAGUCACAUCGACCCACUGUUGAAGACGAGGAGCCUUCCAACUCAUCGGCCAACACCGAGAACAAGACAGAGGUAGCUGCCUCGACGUCUAAUCCGGCUGAGCAGCAAGUAGGAAAGACCGAGGAGCAGCAGCCUGAGCAGCAGUACUGGAUCACAGAGCGCCAUGUCGGAGAGUUCACCCGCAGCUUCAGCUUCCCUCACCGCGUGAACCAGGAAGCUGUCAAGGCCUCGCUCAAGAACGGCAUCCUCAGCAUUGUUGUGCCUAAGGCACCUGCCCCUGAGAGCCGACGCAUCGCAAUCGAGUAA